CGUCGCAUUCGUUUUGCAGUGAAACUUUGACGUUUCUGUCUGUUUGUUUUCGUUGAUCAAAAUUUGUCAAGAAAAAUGAGUGCUCCUCUGGAAAAUUUGGAAAAUCAAUUGGAACUUUUUGUUGAAAACGUCCGACAGGUUAAGAUUAUUGUUAGCGAUUUUCAACCCCAAGGACAGAGUGUUCUGAACCAGAAAAUAAACUCCAUUGUGCAAGGCCUGCAGGAAAUUGACAAACUCAAGUCUCAGGUACAAGAUGUUCAUGUUCCUCUGGAAGUGUUUGAGUACAUUGAUGAAGGCAGAAACCCUCAACUGUACACCAAAGAUUGCAUGGAAAAGGCCCUGAAUAAAAAUGAACAAGUAAAAGGGAAGAUUGAUUCAUACAGAAAGUUUAGGGCUCAUUUGUUAGAAGAGCUCAGCCAAGUCUUUCCAAAUGAGACCAUGAAAUAUCGAACUUCCCGGGGAGAUGAUGUCAACAGAAUUCCAUAGCAGAUGCACUCAAAUGGCAGAAAUUAUUUACAUUUAGAAUUCAGGCUGUAAAAUUGUCUUAAGACUUGAGUCCUCGUGCUCGAAAAUUUAAUAUACCGUUUUUCUAUAAA